CCUGCACAGAUCCCUGCAGAUUUACCUGGAUGAGCUGCAAGGCUACACAGAUACUUUUUAACUGCCGCGAGCUUCAGAGCAACUACGAUCGGAAUUGACGGUCACAAAUAAAUUAUUAUUUCCGAGUUUACUCUAAAGAGUGCAUGUGACUUCCUCAGCAUACUAUAAACGCGUCGCAAUCGCGAUUAUACCCCUUCCCGAGUCACUGAACACGAACGCGCCAAAAUGAAUUUGCUACUGUCCGACGAUUACCUACUCCAAGACUAUCCCGAGAAUAUCACCAACACCAUCCGAUCCGGUCAUACAACAUGUCUUCGAUUCAAUCGCAAAGGCGAUUGCCUAGCUUCGGGUCGCGUCGAUGGCACAGUAGUAGUUUGGGAUCUCGAGACCAUGGGUGUGGCGCGGAAGUUAAGAGGCCAUAGAGCGGCCAUAACUUCACUUAGUUGGUCUAGAUGUGGUCGCUACUUGCUCUCCGCCUGUCAAGGCUGGAGAGCUGUUCUGUGGGAUCUACAGGAUGGUACUAGGUAUCGAGAGGUGCGCUUUCGCGCGCCUAUCUAUACAGCGGAUUUACAUCCAUGGAAUCACAACUUAUUCGUAGCUUCCAUAUUCGACGAAGCCCCAUCGCUUGUCGACAUGACCGGUUCGAGCGACGCCAAACACACACUUCCUUCCGCGCCGAAACGGACGAAUACCGAUGCCGAUGCUGCAACGAAGGAAAAACAAGCGAAAGAGGACGCAAAACAAAUGACCACGGCGACGGUUUGGACAGCAGCGGGAGAUCACAUACUUGCAGGCACAAACAAAGGUCGCUUCAACAUCAUAGAUGCCAACACACGCGGAAUAAUAUGGUCAGAGAAGAUAUGUAGUUCUGUUGUGACUACGCUACGAUUGACGGGUUCUGGGCGUGAGUUGCUAGUUAAUUCCCAGGACCGCAUCAUUAGAACCUUCCACCUACCGAACCUCUCCGCGGAGGACCUCGAUCCCGAUACGAUACAGAUGCCACUAGAACACAAGUUCCAAGAUGUCGUCAAUAGGCUUUCAUGGAAUCACGUCACCUUUAGCGCGACCGGAGAAUACGUGGCAGCGUCUACGUAUAACAAUCACGAAUUAUAUAUAUGGGAACGAAAUCACGGAAGUUUGGUUCGAAUGCUGGAGGGACCUAAAGAGGAACAGGGCGUCAUCGAAUGGCAUCCCCACAGAGCUGUACUAGCCGCGUGUGGACUCGAAACCGGUCGUAUUUACAUUUGGUCGGUUACUACGCCACAGCGGUGGUCAGCAUUGGCACCGGACUUCGUGGAGGUAGAGGAAAAUGUGGAGUAUAUCGAAAGAGAGGACGAAUUUGAUAUUCACCCGCAGGAAGAGAUUAAUAAGCGAAGGUUGGAUCAAGAGGAUGAGGAUAUUGAUGUCUUGACUCUGGAUCUGAGCAAAGGGUACGAUGAGGAAAUUGAUGGCGCAGGAUUUCGGAUGCCGGUACUGUUCAACCUUGGCGAGAGUGAUAGUGAGGAAGAAUUUGUGGCAGUAUCGACGGGUACUGUGCGCCGUCGGAGUUUAGGGGAGGCACAGGAGGGCGAGGUUCCCGACGAGGAAAAGACCGCUGGAACUAAGAAAACAGUCCCUGCGAAGGGCACGAGGGGUAGGAAGAAAUAAGUGCGAUAGUCUAAUAUCAAAAAGAAAUCUUGAGAGUAUCAUCCGUGGCGUCUGAUUUAGUGAGGUUUCUAUGCGCCCAGGGGCCUUAAGCACUGUUUUAGGGGAUAUAUGACGUUUAGGUAGAUCGGUAGGUACCACCUACCCAGAUACAGUGCACAAUGUCCCCGAGUUUAUCCCCAUGAUGUAAGUAACAC